AUGUCGCAAUCCGUUACGCCGGCCGCACGCACAGAUUCAGCAGUUACUGAUCCGCGCGAAACUACUGAGAGCUCUCCGAUUCAGACCGAAGACCGUCAAGACGAGAUUGCGGGACCGUCCACGGCAGCCUCUGAGCCUCCUCCGCACCAAGGUGCAACUCAAUCCGGGGAUACUGCACCUCAAGUGUACGUCCUCCAGCCUCCUCCGACGUUCAAGGAGCAAGUGAUAGGAUACGCGAAGGAGAUCCGCGGAUCGAUCUUGCGGCAGCCGGAAACCAAAGAGUAUGGUGAGAAGAUUUUGAGAGGAGAAGCUUCAUACCCUCCCAAGGACUGA